UCACAUUGUUUUGAACAUUUUUAAGGUGAACGGAUCGCGCGCGUCGUUUGCAGGCGAGAAGAAAAAAAACCAACACAACAACAACGGCGGCAGAGCGAUUAAACAAACGCCGCCAAAACACACACAACGAAAAAAAUUAUUGUUAGUAUCUGAAAAAAAAAGCAAGUGCCCCCGCCCCUUUUCCCCAUCUCAUUGUGUGUGUGAGUGUGCGUGCCAUCAUCGGCGUAAUUCUGUGUGUGUGCGUGCGCGAUUGUAUCUGUGUGCGAAAGUGCAUUAAUUACACCAAUACCACGGUAGAUGCAGCAAUAACAACAACAGCUAGAGAAAGAAGAGUUAACGCAAAUCCAAAUACAAUAAAAUACAAACAAAAACACAGGCAAAAAGCAAAUGGAAAUCGAGCAACAAAAUAAAAGGCCAAUAAAUAUUAAAAAUUAAAUUUUUUUAUUGUUCCCUAUAAAUUUUGUGAUGCUCUUUCUGCUGAAUGAAAUUCGCAGGGAGUUUGCAGCUAAAAUUCUCCCCAACAUCUUAAGUGCAUAAAUACACAAAAAAUAACAGAAAAUACACCCACUAAAAGAAAUUAUUUAAAAUCGUGUAAAUUUGAACUCGGAUCUGUUUUUUCGGAUCGGUACGCAGAAUAAGCAGAACUCAACGGGCGCGCCAGUACCUUUUUGAAGGUUUUCGAAGUAGAGGCGAAAGGAAAAGCUAUUUCCACGAAAUAAAGCCAGUAAAAUGAGCAAGUUUCGAAUACAGUUCAACUCGGGUUUACAACAAAAAUAAAACAGCCAUCGAAAAAGGAUCCGAUGAUCAGCUAAGGAAAUCCGCUCCAAUGGUCUCUCAAGGCAAAUGUGCUAAAAAUGUGCAAGUAAAGCGAAAAUCUAACCAAAAGUAAUUGAAAGUAAGAAAUCCAUAAAAGCCCCCUAAUUAAACAAGCUGAAAAUCGUAACAAUCCCCAUACUGGAAUAUAUAAAAAAGUGCAUAAUGUUCAAUGGGAAGAGGGCUCCCAUUUAAAAUGAUGCCCCUCUAUACGACGCAAUGCUCCUUCUAAAUAGAAGAAGAUUCUGCUGUGAGUGUUCCGUUGUCGAAACAUGGUACGCGACAGUAGCCGCAACAUUUGUUUUGGAAAAUUAGCCGAAACUACGACGCCGCACCGCCAACAACAACAACAAACACAGCAGCUCCAACAACAAUUGGUUGUGGAUAGCAGCAGCACCAUUAAUCAUAACAACAAUAAUAACAACAUUAACAACAAAAACAAUCCGAAAUUGAUAAGGUCUACAGAGGAACCACCGACAAACAGCUACGAAAGGAACUACUUCGAUCGCCCCAGCAGCCGCUUAGUCAGUCAAUAUCAGGCGAGCAACUCCAAUUCUAACUCCAGUCCUUCACCCGUGAGCCCCUCCGCUUCAAUUUCCGUGUCCGUAUCCGCAUCGGCGGCAGGAGGAUCCUCCGAGAGGUCGCGCAACCGAGAUCGCCUGUACAGGAAUGGUUCUGCUAGCGGUCACAGCGGUGGCAUCAACAGCAGCGGCAACAGCAGCAACAUCCACAGCAACAGCAGCAACACGACGACGACGACAGCAGCCUGCACAGCUGGAGCUGGUGGAUCUGGAUGGGGAGCUGUGGCUGGAGGAUUGGUAGGAACAGGCGCUGGGGGGGCACCGCAAGCGCUAGGCGACCGGAGCAGCAGCCACAAUAUCCACCAGAACCAGCAGAGCGUGCGGGUGGCACCACCUCAGUCAUGGUACGAAGCCGCCGCUGCUGCAACGACGGCCCAAUUGAAAAGUCCUGGUGGCAGUGGCAAUGCCGGCGUCUCAUCAGCCAGUGGCUUUGCAAUGAGCAGCUCACCGAUCAACCAUCAUCAGCACCAGCAUCUGCAUCUUCAGAAUCCUCAACACCCGCACUACAGCAGCAGCCCAGCGGGGGGAGCCGAAGGGUUCUGCCCGUCUCCCGCACAAGGACAGAUACAGAUUCAAUCGCAGACCACGGCCGUGCAUCGGAGCGUGGCUUAUGCGGGAAGUGCUGCGGAUGACUCGCUGACCACCUCGCGCAAGAUGCUCCUGCACAGCAGCAAACACAAUAAGCUACUCAAAGGGGCGGGAGCAGCGGGCAGCGGAGGAGCACGCUCUGGUUCAGAAUCGCCAGGAGGAGCUACUCCAUUGAAGACGACAAGUACAAUCACAAACAAUAGUUUUAGUAGUAAUAGUUUAAAUAAUACAAUAGCCACAGCAGCUCCACUAAUGCCCACCAUAGCAUCUGAAGCAACUGGAGCUGCAGGGUCGGUAGGAUUAGGAUCUGGAGCAGCAGCGGGAGCAGGUUCCCAUUCCGGCUCCGGCUCAGCUACCAGCGGUGACAUUCUAAAUGUAGCCGCUGCUCUGGCCGCCGCCGUGGACAACGGGAUGCCAACGCAUCCGAUUCGGACGCGGCACAACCUACACGGACGCAGCACAACCUCCUCCAGUCGUUCGCACUCGCGGUCGCCGAGCAGCUACAGCAGUUCGCACAGCUCCUCUUCCUCAUCGCACUCCUCCUCCCACUCGCACGCGUCCAGCCCCGUCCAAUCCACGGGCAAUUGUGCGAUGGCGGAGGGGCGUAGCGGGCGUAGUCUCCAAUCCGUCGCCGUAACCAGCAACUCUUCAAAUCCCAGUGGCAAUGCUGGCACCGCCAGCAGCGCAGGCGGCGGCGGAGGCUGUGGCUCCAGUUCAUCUUCGAGCAGUAGCUCUAGUUCCAGCGGAUCCUCUUCCUGUCUGACGGCCAAUCCCGUGGUGCAUUCCGAAGACAAUCGGCCGCUGGCGAUACGUGUUCGCAACCUUCCCGCCCGUUCAUCGGACACAUCCCUUAAGGAUGGUCUCUUCCAUGAGUACAAAAAGCACGGCAAGGUCACGUGGGUCAAGGUGGUGGGACAAAACUCAGAGCGCUAUGCUUUGGUUUGCUUUAAAAAGCCGGAUGACGUCGAAAAAGCACUGGAGGUAUCCCAUGACAAACACUUCUUCGGCUGCAAGAUUGAGGUGGAACCGUACCAGGGCUACGAUGUCGAGGACAACGAGUUCCGACCCUACGAAGCCGAGCUGGAUGAGUACCAUCCAAAAUCUACGAGGACGCUCUUCAUCGGGAACCUGGAAAAGGACAUUACCGCUGGCGAGCUUCGAGGGCACUUUGAGGGUUUUGGUGAGAUCAUAGAGAUCGAUAUCAAAAAGCAGGGCCUGAACGCCUACGCGUUCUGUCAGUACUCGGACAUUGUUUCCGUGGUGAAGGCAAUGCGCAAAAUGGAUGGCGAGCACUUGGGCAGUAACCGCAUCAAGCUGGGCUUCGGCAAAUCCAUGCCCACCAACUGCGUCUGGAUCGAUGGCGUGGCCGAGAAGGUGUCAGAGCCUUUUCUUCAGUCACAGUUCACGCGAUUUGGAACUGUGACCAAAGUCAGCAUCGAUCGAAAUAGACAGUUGGCCUUGGUUUUAUACGACCAGGUGCAGAAUGCCCAGGCCGCGGUAAAAGACAUGCGCGGAACGAUCAUGCGGGGCAGGAAGCUGCAAGUGGAUUUUGCGUCGAGGGAGUGUCAGGAUGCUUUUUACGACAAACAAGAGAAGCAGCAGCAACAACAGAGUGCUAGCUCUAACUCGCGCUUUAGUCGCUAUGAGUCGUCAUCCUCGUCGUCGCAAUCCAGAUCCCGCGCAUCAUCCUUCAGUCGCCACCAGAACAACUCAAACGACAGCUGCUCGCCCAGCAACACGCCGGGGGGAUCGAACAGUGGAACCGGCAUCGGAAGCAGUACAAGCAACCAAAGCACUACUGGCAUCAGCGGGAGCACUCUGUGCAACGCGAUGCCAGCUCCCAGUUUGGCGUCCGCCAUAGUAACCAGCAGUAGCAACUCUUUGGGCGCGGCGCCUGCAACUGCAUCCACGACCUCGGUGGUGGGCUCAUCCUCUAGUUUGAUGCCCGCAUCGCCGGCGGCUCUGGCGCAAAGGUAUCGUUUGGCUCGAAGCGCACGACAAACCGUCGAUUUUGACUUCAACGAUGUGGGUCGCCUCCGGUUUCGAAACUCUGAGGAGGUUGCAGGAGGUGCAGGAAAUCCCAUACAUGAUGAGGAAGUACGCUCCGACUCUCCGGUAAUCGGUCGACUGGGUCCGGCUGUAAAUUGCUUGACUGGCUCAGCAGGAGCCGGUGGGGAAUCCAUUGAUGGAACGUUAAGCAACACCCAAGUUGGUGGAGGAGCAAGUGCAGCGGCGUGUGGGGUAGCAGCAUUCACAGGAUCUGGCAGCAACAACCUGAGCAGGAGACGUUGCGAGCAACUUGAGGAAUGCCCGUCCAGUGGUGAUGAGGGCGUGGUCAGUCCGCGUAAGCGCAUAAAAAUGGAUUACCACCAUCACCACCAUCAUUCCAAUGCCAGCGGGCUGGAGUCCACUGGCGAGCACAGUAGCAUCAACAAACCCAGCACUCUCUCCCUGUCCAACUGUGAUGUAAUACACGACCCCCUUAACCGCAAGAGCGAAAUUCGGCGGGUCUCCGAGACCCCUAGUGGUUCCCCCAGCAUGAAGUUUCCCGGUCAUUUGCCGUCGGCUCCACCAUCCAUGAUGCUCACCUGCCGUCGCCCGUCCAUCGAUGUGGGAGCCCUGUCGGCGCUUUCUAGUUCCUCGGCUUUUCGCCACGGACUCGUGGGAGCCAGCAGUAUGGAUCAGCAGCACAUUAUGAACGCCUCGUUGGCGGCUAAGAGGAGACGAGUGACCACUACAAUGCAGCAGCCCAGCUUAUCCUCAACCAGCAAUAGUUCUGGUGGACCUGGUUUGGGCGGGAUUAGUAGUCUCACGCCGGCGGAUGACUAUCAUCAUCAUGUUUCCAGAGGCAGGGGUCAUCAGCUACAUUCCCAUCAUUCACACGAGGCCAGCGGAGGAGAGAGUGCGGAUGGAUCUCGUCCUGGAACGCCACUGUGUGAUGAGCGACCUGAAGUGCUGCCCACAGAGCCACGACGCCUGCCCCCACCACGAGAAAGAGCGCGGGAAAGGGUACGGGAGAUUAUGUGGCUACCCCUGCCAAAGUUCGGAGUGCUAUUUUUCCAACAGCAGCAGUCCAGAGGAAGUGCAUGCGGAACGGGAAGCAGCUUCUUACAGCAGCAAUUGGGGGGAGGAUCCUCCGGAGGGUUGGGAGGCUUAGGAGCUCCUUCGACCUCGGCAUGUUCCCUCAGCAACUCUAGUCUAAACGCCAGCCAGGGAAUGGGCUCCAGUUCUGCCUCCGCAUUUCUGCCCAGCCCCUCUUCGCGAUACUGGCGUUCCUCCUCGCAUCACCAACACCACCAGCAUAAUCUUCAGCAGCAGUCGCAGCAAUUGCACGGGUCGUCGUCCUCUAACUCUGGUUUGAUGGCCAGUCCAGCGCGACCACGCUCACUGAGUUCCAACUCCAGUGAUUCGGAUGUACCUGGCCAAAAUGCAGGGGGAAGUCCCUCACUGGAUGAACGACUUCGUAACUUUGAGGAAAACUACGAGCGAUGGUCUGGCGGAAGCAGCAGAGAACAUGGUUCCGGUCACACGCCCUCGAGUGCCACUCCCUCCUGGCAGCUCUCCAUGCACUUGAAUUUAGGGACCGGCCUGAAUUCUCAUCAAGCGAGUUCGGGGUCCGGUAACAGCAACAGUUCAAGUGGAACCGUAUCCAGCUCCACAAGUAAUUCCCGGCAUAAGUUCCUGGACAUUGAUGAGCUGCAACCCUCAGACAUUGUUAAAUCCCUGCUGGCCAAGAAAAGUAUUUUUGAUGACGAUUUUCAGAGGUUGAAGAAAAACCAGUGGUACGAGCCAGCCGGCUCCGAUUUCGCAUUGGGUUCGAGUUCCGCCAAUGUCGUGAUAGGAUCUUCAUUGGGACCUAGUGUAUCCCGACAUCCUGGCGGCCCAUGCAGCGGGAACACCUCGCCAGCCUUGCCCAACCUCGCGGCAACCAAGACAACUCCUAUUAUUGGAAACUGUGGUGGUGUAUUGGCCAACUCGGCAAGUAGCAAAACUGCUGGAUUGCUCCAAAGGCUUAGCAGUUUAUCGCCCAUGAACUCCCCUCAAGCUUCGAUGUCGCCUUACAACAGUCCAUCGCCCUCCCCUUCGGUGGGUGGAGCAACACCCGCGAAUUUGGGACAGCUGACCAAGCCAACAGCACUGGGGGCAUCGAGUGGAGGAGUCAGUGGCGCAACUACCGCCCCUUCAUCCUCACCAGUUGCCAAUUCGGGACCCACCAAGGGACUGCAGUACCCAUUUCCCAGUCACCCGCCGUUGCCAAAUACCGCUGCGCCACCUCCAGCAGUGCAGCCAGCACCACCACCUCCUCCUGAAAUGGCAAAACAAUCAAGACCAGCUGGGCAGGCUUCUGGAAGCAAUCUGACCAAAAGUUUAAGCGUGCCAGAUGCUCCCCAACAGUCGCCAGCUAAAGUUCAUCUCCAAAAAUCUGCCUCAGUUCCAGGGAGCACCAACGUGAGCUCUACCUGCAUCUCAUCCUCAGGAUCAGCAACAUCGUCUGCGCCUGCGUCUGCAUCUGCAUCUACUUCGUCAUCAUCGUCCAACGGUAACAGUUCCUCAGCCACAGCGGCCACACAUGUACAAAAGAUACCACAGCCGAUCACCAUUGAGGAAGAGCAGUCGAAAAAGACUGCUACGUUGUCAUCACAAUCCUCAAGUUCUAGUUCCAAGAAGAGCAGCAGCAGUCACGACAAGUCCCAUAGCAAGCACAACAAUCGAUCGGACAGCGACAAGAAGAACAAAAAGUCGGAGAAAACUUCAUCAUCCUCCGGGUCCUCCGAUAAGCGAAAGAACUCGUCCACCUCGCAGUCCUCAAAGUCAGCUACUCCCCGCAUUGAAGACGACUCUAGUGAGCCCGAUGAGCAGUCGGAGAAAUCGGAAAAAGAACAGCGUCACGAGCGAGAGAAAAAAGAGCGUCAGGAAAAGGAAAAACGAGAAAAGGAUAUGCGUAAACAACUUGAGCGCGAGGAAAAGGAGCGCAAGGCCCUGCACGAGGAAAAGGAGAGGGAGGAUCGUAAGGCCAAAGAGGAAAAAGAAAAGGAACGGGAACGGGAGAGAAAAGUCCAAGACGAUCGGGAAAAGAAGGAACGAGAAGAGCGAGAGCUUAGAGAAAGAGAACAGCGCGAAAAGGAGCAAAAAGGAAAGGAGAUCAGAGAAAAAGAUCUGCGUGAAAAGGAGCAGAGAGAGAUAGACCUUCGAGAAAAAGAGGUGAGGGAAAAGGAGCUCCACCGCGAGAAGGAGCAUCGAGAAAGAGAGCAGCGAGAAAAGGAACAAACUCGACGCGCCGUGGAUGCCGAUCAAGAAGCUCGUAUGGGCAGGAUGCGCGAGCUCUCCUCGUACCACAAGAGCAAAGUGGAGGCGACCGCCGAAGCCAGCAGCUUUUACUCCCAUACCAACAACACGCCCUUAACCGCCGCCAGCGAUUGUCAGCACAACAAGGAAAACUCAGGGGAAGCCACUGCUCCCGCUACUCCGACUGCAGUUGCUCCGAUUCCAUCAGACAACGCCUCUAAAGAUCGCUCGCGGAAGUUAUCCAGAAAUUCUCCCGUGCGCCUCCAUAAGCGCCGCCUCAGCUCGCAAGAAAGCAACCAUAGUGCCGGAGGUGGCGGAGCAUGUGCAGGGUCCAGUCAUCAGAAUCAACAUGACGAUUAUGUGAAGCGCAUACGCAUGGAGAACUCCCAGAAUACAUCAAAUCAUAAUAGUAGCGACCGCCGGGACUCCAAGGACCACAAGAGCAGUAGUUCCAAGGAGGAGAAAAUUAGUAGUUCACACAACUCUAAGUCACAUGGUAGUGGAGGAAGUUCCUCCUUAUCGUCCAAGCAUCAUCGCCGGGAUAAGCAUCACUUGAAGAGCAGUGUUAGCUCCACAGAAACGAAUCCAUCCAUGGAGCUAAUGGUGGAUCCAAAUUCCCAAGCCAAGCAGCAAAUAAAUACAAGUGAGGAGGAGCAGCAUCCUCUACCUAAAAGAGAGAAGGAUAAGGAGCACUCCAGUAGUCACCAUCAUGGCAGUAGUACAUCCUCCAGGCACAAAAGUAAAAGGGAUCAUCAUCACCAUCGUGACAAGAAGCGACAUUCUGUGGCGGAAUCCACUAACACAGAUGAAGAGCAUACACCACAGCAGCAUAAUCCUCACAGGAGGACCUCUGCGGCGGGAAGCGGAUCCGCUGGAGAACUCAGCUCAGCAGCGACCAACACCUCAAGUGGAAAGCCCAAUCAUCAUCAUCACAGGCGAAGUGUCGACCGGAAAUGCUCUAGGGGAUCCGAUGAAGGUCAUACCUCUUCGUCAAAAUCGCUCCGCGCCAAACUAAUGAUGUUGAGCUCCGCAGACUCUGACGACACCGAUGAUGCCUCCAAAAAGCACUCCAUCUUCGACAUCCCUGACGAUUGUCCAAAUGUCUCAAUGUACGAUAAAGUAAAAGCCAGGAGCUGCAAGAAUAUGCAACGUCAGGCGGAGGAAAAGAAGAUAAAGGCCAAAUUCUCGCAGCUAAAGCAGUCUCGUGCCAAGAAAAAGCGCUCCACCAGCUAUGAUGGAGACUCGGACACGGAGUUUGAGGAUCGUCACCAUCGAAAUAGUGGCAGCAGCAGUUUCCAUGGUCGUUAUCCUGGACUAUCCAGCAGCGAUGACGAUGAAGAUGAGGAGCGCCACCAGCGACGAAUUUUCUCCGAUUCGGAUGCAGAGCUUGAAAAUCAGGACCACCAGGGAGCCAGCUCCAUGCCAGAUGCUAACAGGGUGCAUCAGAUGCAGCAGAAUCUGAGAAGACUGUGUGAUGGUGAUGAUAGUUCCGAAGAUGAGAUUAAAAGGAAUGUUAUGAAGCACAGCCAUCUCGGAAAGAGGAACUCGCACUCCACCAGGAUUGCCUCCGAUUCUGAGUCACAGUCCCAGCCUGCUCCUGAUUUGGCGAUAAAGCAAGAGCAGCCCGCAGCUCCCGCCCAGGAAAUCAAGCAAGAGCAUAUAUCCGACAGCGAACAGAAGUGUAAGUCCCGUCAUGAUUCGAAUUCCUCGAUGGAGGAGCGUAAGAUGAAGCCAGAAAGGGACAUAAAGAAGGAGUAUGGAGAUUUCUAUAAUUCAGCAUACGCCUACUCUGAUUCUGGAAAGCUCAAGGAUUACUCUCCAGAAAGUCGUAAAAAGCACAAGAAGAGCAAGAGGCGCCUCAAGUCUUCAUCCACAGUGGAGACAUCGGCUCCACCAACUCCUCUUUUGGUUACUCCAUCGACGCCAUCCAUCUUUGACGUCCAUUCAUCCUCCGAGUGCAAGACAAAGUUUGGUAGUUUUGACGAUCUCAAAACUGAAAGUGCUUCGCUUCCGUUAGAGGUUCUAGCCAGUGAUAGAAGAAAGCACAAGGAGCGGAAGGAAAAGAAACGCGAGAAACUGAGGAAUAUGGCAGAUACCAAUAACAGCACCACCGUAAGCGCCACUAAUACUCCUACCACCAAUGAUAUUAGCUUGGAGAAAUUGUCCAAGGAAGAGCGUCAUCGCUUGAAGAAGUCAAAGAAAUCGAAAAGCUUGGAUACCUCCUCUUCUACGAGAGUAUUCAACUCGGGUGGAGUUCAUCCUACUGCUUUGCCCCUGUCCGCUACGCCAACUUCGGCGGCUGCGAUAGUCACACCAUCGAAGAGGGGAGAAGAUAAAAUGGAGUUCAUCUUUGGCAUAAUUUCUGAUGAGGAAGAAUCCCAGUUUCCCGAUGAGCAAGGAGAAAGCAUAAAGGAUAUUACAGCAAGCUGUGUGUCUACAACGGGUCCCAUUGUGUCCGCUGCUUUGCAAACCUACAAACAGGAGCUUUCCACACCCACCAGCAAAAAUCAGGAAGCAUGUAUUCAACUGCCUGUGCAGGAGGAAGAGCUUCAGCAACCACAGCAGCCGGAAAGAAGUCGCCAGGCGGUAAGCACUUGCUCAUCUUCCCAUGCCGAUAGAGAGAGACACCGGAAGGAGAAGCGCGAGAAGAAGCGGCGCGAGAAAUCUCAACGAGAGCAACAACAUCAAGCACAGCAACAUUCCAUCAAGGCUGCAACUAAAAUGGAGGAUGAUAACAGUGUGGAUAUGGAUGAAGCAGGAAGAGCUCUAGAGGCACAACUAAUGAUUGACUUUGAUAGCAAGACGAUGCCAGAUGAACCAACUCCCUCAACAGCCACCACUUACAGAUCCGAUAUGGCAGAUGUGUUUCGUUUCUCUGACAACGAAGACAACAAUUCGGUGGAGAUGGUUAAACAGGGUACCAAACCGGAGCAGCCAGAGCAGCAUAAGAGCAAGGACAAAAAGAAGAAGAAGAAGCGAUCCAAAGAGGAAAAGCAGGAGAAAUUGCUGCAACAGCAGCAUCGCAGGGAAUCCUUGGGAAGUGUGGCUCCUACUUCAUCCGCACCUCCUACUCCUGGAAAGCUGACUGUCAACGUUCAAGCUGCUAGCAAGCAUGCAGACGAUCAGAUGGACGCCAAGCAUGCUUCAUCGCCACCACUUUGCAAACCAUCUCCAAGCUUGCCUUGCCUAAUAGGCGACGAUGACGAAGAUGUUUUGCCUACUCCAAAGCCGAAACCAACAACACCCACGAGAUCUGGAAGUGAUAGCCUGACUCCUUCGCGGGAGAAGCCACGCCUGAUAAGUCCAAUACCUAAAACUCCAACUAUAGCCAACAGUUCCAUGCUGUCCACUCAGUCUGCAGAGACUCCGGUGAGCAGUGGAGCUGGUGUGAGUACCUCCUCUGCUUUGGCCACAACGCCCACAUCUUCGAUAGCAGCAGGAGCCAGUGCGGCAGCAGGAGCUAGUGGAGCAGCAGAAGGUGUUGAAACUUCGCCUACCAGCGCAUCAGCUCAAAACAAGAAAAAGGAGAUCUUUAUACCCGGUUUCGAUGGCCAGCUGGAUGACAGAAUUAGUGAAUCAGCCGUGCAAUCUAUCUCAGUAGAGUUUAAUUCAUCAUCUCUUCUCGAUACAUUGGCAGAUGAGCCCAAAAUACCGGUGGCAUCGCCUUCAGGUGCGGCUAAACCUUUGGAUAAGUUGGAGGAUACCAAGUCUCGAGUGACUAUUUCGCAGGAGGAGACGGAGAGUGCCGUAUCCGCUCUCCUGGGUGAAAGUUUUGGCACUUCCUCCACUGCGGAUUACUCACUUGAUGGCAUGGAUGAAAUGAAUUCAGUAAAUGAGAUGGAAACUCCCGCUCUAGUGGUAGCAGAACCCGAUGAAGAGGCGGCCUUGGCCGCCAAGGCCAUAGAGGCAGCUGUGGAGCCUGCAGCCAACUUGGAGGAACCAGAAGUGGAACCUGAGCGACAACCAGAGCCCGAAGCUGAACCGGAAUCUGAACCAGUCGUUGGGGUCUUGGACCCCGAUGAAAUCAACAAGGCGGUACAAAGUUUGCGGCACGAGGAUAUGAUGGACAUCAAGGCUGAUACUCCGCAAUCAGAGAGAGAUCUGCAAAUUGAUACAGACACGGAAGAAAAUCCCGACGAGGCGGAUAGCAGUGGACCUAGUCUAAAGAUUGAUGAAACUGUUCAGAGCUCCUCGUCGCCGGAGAAGUCCAUCAGCAAUAGCUCUGUGAGAGAACCGCCAAAGGUGGACAUGCCUCAGGUGGAGUCUAAACCCAAGGCAAGCAAGGACACCGCACCCCAACUUUCGGUGAUUACCAAGUUGUCAUCCUUGGAGCCACAGAAGCCACAGCCGGCCACGCCCGUGAAGAUUGAACCACCAACUAUCAGUAAGCUUCAACAACCUUUGGUGCAGCCUGUGCACACCGUGUUACCUGCUCCGCAUUCAGCUGGAAGCGGGAUAAAUCCAACACCCGUCAUCAACCUGGAUCUUUCCAAUGUGAUGAGCAACUGCUCCAGCUCCAGCACCGCUUCUACAACAGCUUCAACUUCAGCUUCCCUCUCAUUUGGAAGUCCAACUCCCAGUCAGAAUAUUAUGCCACAAGCUUCGACUCCCAAGCAGUCUCCGCUUACACCACAUCAAACACUGCGGACGCAAUCCUUGAUUAUGCAACCACCAACGAUAUCCAUACCAGAGCCGACACCCCACUUUGUGGUGCCCCAAAUGGUGUUGUCUCCGCAUCAGCAACAGCAGUCCCAUCAUUCCCAGCAGCCUGGAGCUUACAUGGUUGCGAUCAGAGCUCCAUCUCCCCACAGUCCGAUCCUUUCACCAGGACGUGGUGGAGGCCAAAAUCGCCUGGUCGGUCAGCUGAGUCCCGUUGGUCGACCUGUUGUAACUCAACCGUUACCUCAGCAACAGGUUCAACAGACACAGCAGCAACAUGCAUUGAUGACCAGCCCGCAAGGUAGCAGCAUGAGUCCUUUGGCAAGUCCCACAACGAGAGUGGUGGCCGCCAACAACUCACCUACAACCAACAAACCAAACAGUUACCAGCCCAGAACACAACAGCAACAACAACAGCAGGUACCACAGCAACAGUCGCCCAAAUCCACAACUGAGUUGCAAACGUCACCGCAACUAUUGGCAAUUCCCCUGCAAAAAAUGCCAGCGAUACCAGUACCAGUGCCACAUCAUCCAACGAUCAUCAGCAAAGUGGUCACUGUGCAGCCACAACAGGCCACUCAGUCACAUGUGGCCAGCUCUCCUCCUUUGGGCUCCCUGCCGCCUCACAAGAGUCUCCAUGUAAAUGCCCAGCAGCAACAUCAUCAGGCCCAGCAGCAGCAACAUUCGCCGCAGAUGAUGGCCAAGAUGUCUGCACACCAGCAACAUCAGCACAUGCAGCAGUUCAUGCAUCAGCAGAUAAUGCAGCGACAGCAACAACAGCAUAUGCAGCAGCAACAACUGCAUGGUCAGUCGCAACAAUUGACGCCAGGUCAACAACAUCAAAUGCAACAGCAGCAUCAGGCACAGCAACAAUUGAACCAGCAACAUCAGGCUCAGCAGCACCAUCAAGCACAGCAGCAACAUCAGGCCCAACAGCAACAUUUGAACCAGCAGCAUCAGGCUCAACAACAUCAGGCUCAAAAACAGCAUCAAGCUCAGCAACAGUUGAAUCAACAGCAUCAGGCACAACAGCAACAUCAGGCACAGCAGCAGUUGAAUCAACAACAUCAGACUCAACAGCAGCAAUUGCAGCAAAUACAAAAAGUGCAACAACAGAUCAAUGCUCCCCUGCAGCAAACGUCGCCCCAAGGAGCCACCCACAUGGGAUCUUCUCCGUCAAUGUUUGCAUCACAGCAACAUCAUGCGCAGCUUCCACCACGAGGUGUGCAUCAGCAGCAACAUCCGCAACAACUGUCAAGCAGUCCACCCUGCAAAACAAAUACUUUGGGACAAAUUGGCCAAGUGCCGACUGCAACAAUUUUGACAAGAGUUGGACCCCAAGCACAGCUACACCCACAGCAACAGCAACAACCGCAACCGCAACAGCAACCACCACCACAAUUAGCUCACCAUCAGCAGCAACAGUUGUCUUCGCCAGGAGGCAAUCUGCCUCAUCAAACGCCACUCAAUGUGAUCCAGAAUGCCCCAAAGUUAAUUGUCCAACAGCAUAUUGUAACUCCACCAAAUCAAGUGGUAUCACCACCAGCUUCCACAGCAAAUGCCAUUCACUGUCCCACAAGCCAGUGCAAGGAAAGUCCAGCUUCUGGUCAGAUGGAACCGUCACCAUCUAUGACAGUCCUCAAAACAUCGGAAAGUGUUUCGGUAAUUCGUACACCCACUCCCACCACCAGUUCGGCCGUACAAUCACCGAAGACGGGAUCCUCCCUGCUUACGGAGGAGAAUCUGAUCAAGAUCUCGCAGCCCAAGCAGGAUGAGCUUAUCGAACAGGAUUCCAAGGAAGUAGACAGCGAUUACUGGUCAGCUAAGGAGGUGAAUAUUGACAGUGUGAUUAAGAAGCUAGACACUCCACUGCCUAGUAAAGACGAAAAGCGCCCAGUGGAUAUACAAACAGUUGCACCGGCUCCUAUCCCCAAUUCGCAGCCUGUGGAUAAUUAUAUUGCCCAGGAAGCUUCCCUUCCUACUCCUUCUUCUGUGAGUGUAAACAGCUCAAACGAUCACGACACAGAGGAUGAGACAGAGACCAGACAAUUGCCUCCAUCAAAGCCAGCCACACCCACUGUGGGUAGACCACCGGGAAGAGGAGGUACCGCCAAGCGAGGACGACAACCGAGGGGAGCAAAGAAGCAAGGAGGCUUCCCUCUAAACUCAGUAAUAGCAGCCCCUGGAGCGGAUUCGGGACUGGUAUUGCAGCCAGGUGAUAAUGGAGUGCAAACCAGGCUGAGAAAACCAGUUACAGCUCCUGUGACCAGAGGCAGGAAAGGACGUCCUCCGAGGAAUCUGCUAUUACAGCAACAUCAACUCGAGCAGCAGCAGCUUGAUAUUCAGCGAAAGGCACUGGAAAUGGUUACAGUACCAACACCAACGGCUACGCAACCAGCAGUUCCCACUCCUCCUAAUCCUGUGCUCACAGCUGCCGAAAAGAAGGCCAGAAAUCAGGCUCUGACUCAGGCGCAAGUCCAACACCAAGCCGCAAGUCAAGGAACCAGUCAGGAUAUCUAUGAAUUUCAUGAGGACGCGGGUGAAGAGCCCAAAGGAAAGGCUAACUCAAGUGUUGCGCCACCUGCAGACGACCAAAGACCACGUCUCAUUCUCACCAUCAACAAAACGCAACCUUCGAUUAAGAACAGCAGUGAAAUGGAGCAGCCUAUGCAUCAACAUCAAAAUCAACCAGAACUUGCUGCACAAAUCGAUCCAAUUGGAGGAGACAACUCCGACUCCAACUCCAACACUCGCAAGUCACGCCGUCUGCAGGAGAAGGAGGAUCGCAGCACAGUGGAUGAUAUUAUCGAGGACGUGGUGCGAAAUACCAACACACCAACUGGAGUAGGACAACAGUUGCCGAAAGGCGCCCAAACUCCACCACGACGCUCUGGCAGAAAUGCGCAGGCCAGGAAGACAGAUGCAGUACAUCCCGCCAAUGCAGUGGGGCGCCCGAGGCGAUCCAAGGACCGGAAGACCAUUGGCGAACCGCCAGCGAGCUUGAUGGAGGAGGUAAUCGCUCCAAAUCAAAUUACUGCUCCAUCUACUCCCACAUCUGUACUCCAGCCACUCGCUGAUCAAGCUCAAGUGCAGCCCCAUAUGCCACCGUUGGAUAAUAAAGAUGUUGAACCAGUUCAAGCCAUGGCUACAGCUGCUCCUACACCUGUGAGCGUCACCGUUCCCGUUCCUGUACCUAUGCCAGUAAUGGCCGCUCCCAAGCCUACAAUGCCACAACAUCCUAAAAAGAAGGCCAUUGCGGCAGCGGAGAUUGAAUCCUAUCAGGCUAUCAACUCGUCCAUUCCCAGCGGGGGUCUGCCAAUGCAUCAGACAGCCGCUCCUGCUACCCAAAAGAUCACCGGUGGGGCUGCGGAUGCGGUCAGCAAGGCUCUAGUUGACCCUGUCACUGGAGUCAUUACCGCUGGAAUGCCCCAGGGCAAAGAGGGCAAUCUUCCAGCAGCUACCGCUGCUGCUCCUGCCAACAGCAGCAAUGAAGCUGGCUCACCUGCUCCUCCCUCCCAGCUGCAGCAGCAGCAGCCGCAGAAUCAGCAGCAAGCAAAUCAGCAGAUUAGUUCCACUGUGAUUGCAUCCAGUGCACCGACCCCGAUUACAGCUUUGGGAAAACCCGUGCAGUCCGUGCAGCUCGAGUCCGCGGCAGCAGCUGCUCUGCUCAACAAGCCUGUGAGUGUACUGGUGAAAGGAAACCCCAGUCCGUUGGUGGUUCAGCAGCAACAAAUGCCACAGAUGGUGGCUCCGCCAAAACAACCUAUCGUAUUGCAGCAGAAUCCCCUGCCCACUGUCCUGCAGCACGCGCACCACAGCAAUGUGCGGCCACCUCAACCACUCAAGGCUCACGUGCUGAACAGAGAAAAGAAUCUUCAGCAGCAAAUGACGCCCACAAAGCAACCGGUACCCCAGGCCCAGGCCCAGCCCCCGCAGCAGCAACAGCAAUCACAUUCAGGUCACAUGUUGCUCGCAGACGCCGCGGUAAAUCAACAACUAUUGCAGCCCCAGAUCAUUGCACGUCACCUACAGCAGCAACAACAUCUGCUGGUCAAUGUGCCGCCCCCAGCAGCACACUCACCGAGGCUUCCGGGUCAGCAGCAACAGUUGGGGCCAGGAGCCAACGUAAAUCCUCAGCAGCAGCAGCAGCAACAGCAACAAACUCUGGUAAUCAAGCAGGCAACUUCAGCAGCGGCACCGCAGAUAUUGCAUGUGGUAAGCUCCAAGACUUCGGUGGUGACCCAACCGCAGCAGCAGCAACAACCACAGCCCACUUCGUCAGCAGGAGCUCACAUGCAGCUGGGCAAGCCCAACUUUGGCUACGCAACUUCUGUUUUGCCACCAACUUCGUCUACAGCCGUGCAGCAACAACAACAGCUGUUUAAGCAAGCCAAUCAGCAGAAGGGAGUUCCGGUGCAACUGGCUCCACACGGCAUGAUAUUGCCCACCCAUCCUGGAAUGAUAUUGCAGCAGAAACCGCCAGCUCAUCUGCAGCCACAUCAGCAUCAAUUGACUUCUUCGCCGCCGCCCGGUAAGCAGAACCCCGUUGUGCACAGCCUACAGGCUGGACAGAUCAUACCGGGAAGUGUGGGCAGUCCACCGCCGGUGUCAGCUGCAGUGCUGAAAUCCGUCCAGCAGCAGGUAAACUCCUCCGCAGCAGCAGUUGGGAUGCGCACAGCCAUUCCGAACAUCAGUCCACAGGGCCAGCCGAGGGUAUCGCCAUUGGUCUUACCACCCGGAAUGGCCGGAGUGCCGCCCUUCGAUUCCAGUCUGCAUGACUUGGGCGCUUAUGUCAGUGGACGGCGUACCCAGAGUCCGCCUCCAGCUCAUCAGCAGGCAUCGCCUAUAACACCGAAUGAUUCCACGUAUAGAGGAGUAGCUGCAUCCAGGGACUUUAUGCUCUAUCAGCAUCAUUUAAUGCGAGGUGGAGACUACGAAGACAAGAUUAGCAACAGUCCGCCGUUAGAGUUACGACGCCCUGGCAGUGGACCUCCAAGGACCAUCGCAGUGCCACACAGCUUGCAAAGUCCUCAGGAUCGCACCGCAGCUGACUCACCGCAAAUGGCGCAGGUCUAUGUGCACAACGCGCGAAUUCCACCAGCCCAUUUCAGCGAAAUAGCUUCAAGAGGCUUCUAUGAGGGUGGUGGCUUACAGCUGGAACCACCGCCAGCCCAUCGGCCGACUGCAUCAAUUACCGUGGUAGUCCCACCACAAAUGCCUGCCGUCUCCACCGGGAGUCCGUUCAUCGGACGCGAUGGCAGCGUGCAGUCGGGAAGCCACCAUCACUCAGGCAAGGCAAUGGAAAUUCAGCUUGAUGAGAUGGACCGCUUGUCCAUGAUCGCAGCUGUCGUUAAACAACAGCAGGAUCAUCUACCACCUGCUCUACACGCUGGCAUGGAGCUGGCCGCCCAUCAAGUACCGCCAGCCAUGGCUCCGCCACCGGGUGAUUCGCUGGUCACACUGCUGCAACGCUAUCCAGUGAUGUGGCAGGGUUUACUGGCCCUGAAAACCGACCAGGCCGCCGUCCAGAUGCACUUUGUGCACGGAAAUCCGAAUGUGGCAAGAGCCUCGCUUCCAAGUUUGGUGGAGACCAACACGCCGUUGCUGAGGAUUGCGCAGAGAAUGCGACUGGAGCAGACACAGCUGGAAGGAGUCGCCAAGAAGAUGCAGGUGGACAAAGAGCAUUGCAUGCUUUUGGCCUUGCCAUGCGGAAGAGAUCACGCCGAUGUGCUGCAGCAUUCGAGGAAUCUCCAGACCGGAUUCAUCACAUACCUACAACAAAAAAUGGCCGCCGGCAUUGUGAACAUACCUAUUCCGGGCAGUGAGCAGGCGGCCUAUGUGGUGCACAUCUUUCCGGCUUGCGAUUUUGCUAACGAGAACCUGGACCGUGCUGCUCCAGAUCUCAAGAAUCGCGUGGCCGAGUUGGCGCACCUUCUGAUUGUCAUAGCCACCGUCUAAUCACAGAACAGGCCAAUAACUGGAAAAUAAAAAACCCAACGGAAGUGACGCCCUAAAUUAAAACCGGAUGUUAGACUCUACAGGCAAAUACAACUACUAAAAUGAAAAAGAAACAAACAAACAUAAAAAAGUUACGCUCUUCUAGUAUUUUAAGUAAUUUUAAAUAGCGAUUAAACAAGCAAAAGUUUAAAAAAGCAAAGUAAAACAAAACAAAAAUAACUUAAAGAAGCAGUAACAUGCUAACUUUAUUGAAUAAAUAAAUGCAAGGAAAGCAAAAGAACAUUGAGGCCAAGCUCACAUCUAAAACGAGAUCCCUAAGAGACUCAAACAAAGCGAAAUAAAUCCCUUCAGAUCCCGACACUUUAAAACCAGAAGCAAACCGAUAAAUAUUUGUCUGAAUGAAUAAUUUAACUCUCCCUAAUUUAAACCCUUUAACAAAAGCUUGCAAAGUAUCGUUAAGUUUGAUCUCAAGAAAGAAAGUUUUAUUUUUGCUUAAUUUAAAAUGAAAAAAACACGUAAAACAUGAAAAAAUCUACACAUACACAUUGAAAGAAAUGUUAAAAAAAGCUUAAAAACAUAUUAACUGUUUACUGUACUAUGCAUACUACUACCCAUACAUAAUAUUGAUAUCCGAUCAUAUUCCUAACCCGAUUAAGUUUUGAUUGGUUAAUAACUUUCGACUAGCUCGGUGGGAAAGUCACUGCUCCGCGUUAUACAAAGUUUUCGCCUCCGAACAACCAACCGUUUAAUUUUCAAACAAUCGGUUCCUUGGCUCUAUGGAAUGCCUGCCUAUAAAAAUAUAUAGAAAACGGGGCCUCACAUAGACCCAAAGAACUUCAUAUGAGUGUGGGGUGUCGCCCAUGCUGUCAAGCACAAUUAGGUUUAGUGAUACGCCCAGAGGCUUUUCCUACGAUUACAUACACACGUAUACAUUAUGCAUUACAUUAUCUAGACGCGUAUUUAAUAAUAAUCAAUAUUUUAAGCCAAAUACUUUAAAGCUUAGACACGUUUCGCUUCGUUUCGUGUUGUAACUUUCGCUCUGCACCAGAGUUCCAUUCUCUCAAAAUUUCCUGCAAAGAUAGGGCUUCCGACUCAACGCUGUUGGUCUUUUUGUUUGUUGUCUCCGAUCUUCUGUUUCUGACUACCUUGUCUUAUUUUUUAUUUUUUAACCACCACUGCCACAAAACUAAAGCCGAAAAUCACUGGUCUAAAUCUAACUAAAGGCGUUCCGAUCUCCACCCAAUUGUUAGUUUUUGCGCGCGAAACUUUGUAGAAUGUUGGGUAGUUUCAGGGCCCCUUAUACCAUUAUGCUGACACCCUACAAGAAACAUAAACAUACCCUCACAAUAUGAUACAAUAACCUAUAUAUGUAGUACCCUCUCUGUACACUCCUUUAACUUAAACGUAAGUUUUCACAACCACUUGUAAAUUAUGUGACCGACAAAAUAAUACAAAAAAAAAAAGAAAAAAGAUAAAACUCGAGUAAAAGAAAAAGAAACUGUAAAAUAUUUAAAUUAUUUAGACUAACAAGUAUGAAAUGUAAAUACAGUUUAAUUAGUGUUUAGCGCGUAUUUAGUUGUAUGUUUUAAAACUAAACUAAAGAGAAACUGUACAUUAUAUAACACAAUUAACGAUACGAGAACACAAGAGAUCAGAUCUGCAAGAGGUCGCCCAGAAACAUAAACCGAUACAGAAAAAAUUAAAAAUAGAAGAAAACAAGUAAAAAGAACACAUUUUUCAAGUUGAAACAGAUGAAGCGCUGUUAAACAUAUGUUAAUGUAUAAGUUGUAAGUUUUAAGAGACUUUUUAGUUAUUUCCUAAGUUACUUUGAAGAAACCGAUUAAAUUACAAUUAUUUCUUACA